AUGGAUCUUGCAACCUUGUUCGGCAAGCUCCAAGAGUAUGAAAUGGAGCUAACUAGAAUAACCUUGAAGGAACAAGCCAUUAAGAAAAGUAAGGGAAUUGCCUUGAAAGCCUCAACACCAAGCAAAGAGAAGGAUGAGGAAAAAGAAUAUGGAAAUUCCAAAAAUGGUCUUGAUGAAGAUGAGAUGAGUCUCUUCGUAAAGAAGUAUGGAAAAAUUUUUAAGAAGAAUUUUUCAAAGAAAUCCGCAUUUCCUCUUAGAAGAAGAUCUAAAGAUGAAGGAUCCUCACAACUCACCAUCACUUGCUAUGAAUGUGGAAAAACCGGUCACUACAAAUCGGAUUGUACAAAUAUUCAAAAGAAAGACAAAUAUGAAAAGAAGCAAGGCAAGGAUAGAAGGAACUUCAAGAAGGCUUAUCUUGCUUGGGAUGAUGAAUCUAGCUCUUCCGAUGAUGACUCCAAGGAAGAAGCAAACCUAUGCUUCAUGCAAGAUAGGAGACCACCGGAGAAAUCAAGCAAAGGAACUCAACAUAUAUUUCUAAUGGCAAAUGAGGACAAAGAUGAAUCCGAAACCGAGGUAAACUCAUCUUGCUCUACUAUUUCCCCUUCAUAUGAUGAGUUUUCUGACAUGUUUGAAUAA